AUGAAAAACUUCCUAGGCCGCGCCAAAGCAGCCGCUCAAAGAACCCUACCAAACAACUUUGACGGCACUGCAGACAGACCUUCUGUGAUUGGUCCUCCUACUCUGGCAGAUGUCACCUACUAUCGCUAUGCACACGGAGUGAACCUGGGAUCUGUUUUCGUGCAAGAAAAGUGGCUGACUGGCGCCUUCUAUCCCGAAACCUGCUCUGGCACCUCGGAACUUUCAGCCGUCACGGAUUGGUUCAAGAGGGAAGGGCUUGAAAAGACGCGAGAUCGAUAUCAGAAGCAUUGGAAGGAAUAUGUGAGCGAUGCUGAUUUGGACUGGCUUCGAGAUGUUGCCAAGUGUAAUUCUGUGCGGCUCCCCAUAGGCUACUUCACCCUUGGGCCGGCUUAUUGUCAUGAUACGCCUUUUGAGGAGGUUUCGUUUGUGUAUCAACAUGCUUGGGACUAUGUGAAGCUCCUGGUCAAACGCUGCCAGCAACGGGGCAUCGGGACCCUCUUGGACUUUCAUGCUCUACCCGGUGGAGCCAACUCUGGAGAUCACAGCGGAACUGACAGCGGAAAGACUGAAUUCUGGAAGCGAAGGGAGAACAAAGCUCUGGCAACGCGAUGUCUGUGCUUCAUUGCGCAUCAAGUCGAGAAGAUGGAGGGAGUUGCUGGUAUUCAGCUUGUCAACGAGWCGGAAACGAAUGCGCCGGGAAUGUAUGAGUGGUAUGAAAGCGUUCUGGCAGAGUUCAGCAAGAUCAAUCCUGCCAUUCCAGUGUACAUCUCGGAUGCUUGGGAUCUUGAGAAGGCCGUUCAAUGGAGUCUCAAGAAGAAUACGUCGUCUUCACGUGGGUGUCCGGUGGUGAUCGAUACACAUCUCUACUGGUGCUUCACCGAUGGUGAUGGGCAGAAAUCUCCCCAGCAGAUUACAGGCGAGGUCUGGAGCAAGCUCCGGGAGCUCGACGGCAAAGAAGGAAAAGUUGUCGCAAAUGGAGCCGUCCAGCUGAUUGUCGGAGAAUAUAGCUGCGUCCUCUCCGACAAGUCAUGGCAGCUGAGUGUGAAUGAUCCCAAAGACAAGCUUGUUCAGCAAUUCGGUCACGCCCAAUCGCAGAGAUACCAGCAGCGUGCAGGAGGGUGCUACAUGUGGACAUACCGUAUGGACUGGAUGCCGGGAGGGGAAUGGGGCAUGAAGCAGAUGACCGAGCAGCUCGCCAUCAUUCCGCCACCAGCUCUCACUUUAGGCAUCGAGGAGAUUCAGAAUCGGAUCAGCCACGCGCAGUCUCAAUUAGAUGGUCGAAGAGGCAAUGCCUUCGGAUCACAUUGUCAGUACUGGGACAGCAAAUUUCCAGGCCAGUAUGAGCAUUGGCGGUAUGAGCUCGGAUAUGGCGUUGGAUUCUCCGAUGCAAUGACAUUCUUCGGGAUGCGGAGUCGGAGUCACCUGCACGGCGCAGACAAGAUUGGUAUGCUGGAGCUUUGGGUGUUGAAGAGGAUUCGGGAUAGUGGACAGGGUGGAAAUUGGGUCUGGGAAUAUGAGGAGGGCCUCAGACAGGGCAUUCGAGGUUUCUAUGAGUGCGUUGGGGUGUGA